AUGGGCCCCGGGACCCUCCUCCUGCUGCUCUCGGGGGCCCUGGGCCUGACGGGGACCCGGGCGGUCCCGCCCCUUUUCCGCCUCCCGGGCCCCCGCCCCCUCCCGGCCCGUCGCCCUCGGACCCGGGACCCGCGCCGGGAGGAGGGUCGCCCGGGUCUCAGCCCCUCCCUGUCCCCAGGCUCCCACUCCCUGAGACCCUUCUCCUCAGAUCCUCCAAAGGCACACGUGACCCACCACCCCACCUCUGACCGUGAGGUCACCCUGAGGUGCUGGGCGCUGGGCUUCUACCCUGCGGAGAUCACCCUGACCUGGCAGCGUGAUGGGGAGGACCUGACCCAGGACACGGAGCUCGUGGAAACCAGGCCUGCAGGGGACGGGCACUUCCAGAAGUGGGCAGCUGUGGCGGUGCCUCCUGGAGAGGAUCAGAGCUACACGUGCCAUGUGCAGCACGAGGGGCUGCCCGAGCCCCUGACCCUGAGAUGGGAGCCGCCUCCUCAGGCCGCCAUCCCUGUGGGCAUCAUUGCUGUGCUGGUCCUCCUUGGAGCUGUGGUCACUGGGGCUGUGGUGGCUGGAGCUGUUCUGUGGAGGAGGAGGCGCUCAGGUAGGAAGGGCGGGGACUGAGUUGUCUUGUCUCAC